UUCAAGCUGGACUGAAGGUUAACCGGGGCAGGAUGGCUUUAUGCGCCCCAGGCGCCUAUCUGACCCAUCGGCAGAAGGUGCUGCGGCUCUACAAGCGGGCGCUUCGCCACCUCGAGUCCUGGAUUGUUAGAAGGGAUGAAUAUCGGUUUAGAGCUUGUUUGCUGAGAGAUCGGUUUGAGCGUAAUAGGAAUGAAAAUGAUAUGAUGAAGGCCACCAAACUGCUUUGGGAGGGUGAGAAAGAAUUUUGGGCUAAUCAACAUCCUCAGCCAUAUAUCUUCCCCGAUUCCCCUGGAGGCACAUCCUUUGAAAGAUAUGAAUGUUACAAGGUUCCUGAGUGGUGCUUGGACUACUGGCACCCCUCUGAGAAGGCAAUGUAUCCAGAUUACUUUGCUAAGAGAGAGAAGUGGAAGAAACUACGCCUGGAAAGUUGGGAUCGUGAGGUUCAGCAAUUGAAGGAGGAAACUCCACCUGAUGGUCCCAAGACUGAAGCUCUGCCCCCAGCUAGAAAGGAGGGUCAUUUGCCACCAUUAUGGUGGCAUAUUGUCACCAGGCCCCGAGAGCGCCCCUGAGUAACAUUAGCACACACUUUUAAGUGUGUAUAUUGAAUUAUGUAGAUGCAUAUAAAUGUGCCACAAUAAAAUCAUCAAACCAUA